CAGAGACUCCAUUCAAAUGCAUUCAAAACGCAUAUGAAUGCUUAUUUAUGACAACAGGAAUGAAAAUUCAGGUUACACUUUGGGAUGUCAGUUUUUGCGCUACCGGAAGUGAUGUAAUCUGCGCGAAGGCAGAUUUAUACGCGUUUAGCGCUGUAGGGAUUGGUUGCGGUAAGCAGGAUCUGGUCUGAGAGUUUACAAAAAAAAUUUUCAAGUGACUUUGUGCUUAUUAGCUGCUCAGAAAAGCAAACGCAGUGCGCUCUUGGUGGUUUUCUUUCUCCUGUCUUUCGGCUCCCGACAGAUUUAGGAUCUCAUCUCCGUCGGCGUUAAUUGGAAGCACCCGGCACUCGGGGUUAUUUCAGCAGAGCUUCAUUUAGAGACGAUGAUGUCUUGAAAAGUCAGUGAAAGAAGAUUAUUAAGUCAGCCACAAUGGACUAUCAACGCAAAAAGAAACUGACAUUCUCCACCAUUGGACUCAUUUUUCUUUUUAGCGGUGUGGAAUAUGCUGUUAUAUUACCCACAAUAUGGAGAUAUCUGCAGACUUUAGAGGCAGCCCCUUAUUUCCUGGGUUUGGCUAUGUCAGCCUUCAGUCUGAGUGGGCUCUUGUCUGGACCGCUGUUUGGAUAUUGGUCUGACCGGACACAGACGACAAAGAAAAUCAUUUUGCUUUGUAACCUUUUUGAGAUAAUUGGUAAUUUUAUGUACUUCAUGGGCUACUCCAAGUGGCUUUUACUGUCAAGUAGGCUGCUAGCUGGCAUUGGUACAGGUGCUGGCUCAUCAAUUUUUGGCUUCCUGACCAGAAGCACUACUUCAGAGGACCGGACCACUGUAUUUGCUGCUGUCAUGGCUUGUAGACAGGCUGGCCUUCUAGUUGGUCCUGCAUUAAACAUAUUUCUGAGGCUCUGUGACUUCCAUAUUGGUCCUUUUAUUGUCAACAAAUAUACUGCGCCAGGGCUGUUUAUGUUUCUGUUGUGGAUUCUCCUACAACUAGCAGUGGUCUUCAUGUACUGGGACUUGCCACCUAUGGAAAGAAGGAUUUCAAACCCCCAUGAAGAAGAGAACGUACCAGGCCCUAGCGAAGAGGAAGUCGAGGAGGAGGUCAUGCCGCUAAUGACCUCCCAGGAGCUUGUGGGCUCCUACGGCUCUGUGACGACGUCCAGCAUGUGCAAAGGCCACAGAUCGGCUGAACCCAACGACUCGCCGGUUGAAUCUCCUGUGACAUUGCCAACCCAUGAGCUUCCCACUCCUUUCAGGAUUUCCAUCACAUGCCAAGAGUUCCUGAGAGAAGAAGUGAUUGUGCUGCUGGCUGCUCAGUUCAUCACCCUUUUCAAUCAGACUGCGCUGGAGACUAUGGUUACACCAUUAACCCAGAAAUAUUUCAACUUUAAAGAGCUGGAAAACAGUGUGAUGUACUGCCUCGGAGGUGUGGUGGUGAUUGUCGGCUUCCUGCUUGUGCACUGGCUAAGCCGGCACUUCACAGAGCGGGUGGUCCUCGCCAUUGGUUUGACCAUUUGCAACGUCUCCUGCAUCUGGUGCCUCAUCUUCCUCGCUAAUCCAUUAGGUAGUUUUUCGUGGCAGUUGACUGAGUUCAUCAUUGGGGUUUUCCUGCAGACCCUGGGUUUACCUUUUGUAGCUGUGGCCCAGGUUUCCCUCUUCUCCAAAGUUACAUCAGAGAGUACCCAAGGCUUUAGUCAGGGAGUGCGUCGCUCAGUUGGGGGUCUAGCCACCAUCCUGGGCCCUCUAUGGGGAGGUGGUCUGACUGAGAACAUGUAUAUAAUGGUGGGUGCAAUGAUGGCACUUCUGAUCCUGCUUACGAUUAUGCUGGCUUUCUCAUACAAACGGCUGGUGGAGCCAACAGUGGAGCACGUGGAAAGUUCACAGCCCAGCACCAGCGGUUUGAGUACCUGAAACUGCUGCAUCAGUUGCAAGAACUCGGUAUAAGUAUCUUGUCCAGCAUCUUUAGUCUGGGUUGGGACCAGUUCAUAAGGCGACAACAUCUGACUAAAAAAAGCAGUUCGCCGACUGAAACCUGGAUUUUAGUGGCUGCCCAUUUGAAGAAGUCUAAUGGAAACUACUUGAUUAAAUAAUUAUUUUUGUACAUUUUAUUAAAUUAUAAAUGCUUUUCCAAUUGGCAUCUUAUUGACUGCAGUAAAUUAAACACUAACUUGUGCAACAUGCAUCAUUUUAGACACUUGUUCUGGUGGGGAAAUACACAGGAAGCAAAACUAACAAAUUGUAUGUACUAAAUGUAUACUACUACAAUUAAUUUUUUUUUUUUUCUUUGAACCAGUUGAUGUCAAAUUUGGAGUACACUUUGUGUGGUGGUGUUUGUUCAUUCGCUCUGCCAUUAUUGGAAAAGUGUAAUUUUUUUGUCACUAAUAUUACAUGUCUGUAAUUAUUUUUUCACCUGAUUAGAAUGUUCUGAAUAAAUUUUUUACGCUUUAAGUACA